CCCACCCGUCUCGCACUCUCGCCUCGCCCUCCGUCUCGCACUCGAGCCUCGCCCCCCGUCCGACGAGGUAAAUAUAUAUGAUCCACCCUCCCGGUCACCACCCCAAGCCCUCCGCAUCCACCACCACGACACAAAACAAUGGCGGCCUCCGUCGAGGGAGAGCGAGAAGGCGCGGGAUCCGGCGAGGGCAAGCGACUGUUGCACUCCCUGGAUUAUCCCUGCACGGAGCGCCUCCGUCUCCGCCGGCUCUUCGCCUACCUCCGGGGGCGCAGCUACGCGGAUAUCUACGAAGCGGCGAACAAGAGGAUGCGUGUGGUCUUCCACGUGAGGGACCUGGUGAAGCAGGUCAAGGCAGGCCAAUUGCGGGAGGCGUAUCUCUACGUCCAGAGCUUCGUCCCCAUGGGUCGAUCGAGCGACGAAGCAGAAAUCCUCUCGCUGUUCCUCCGGGACCUCAUGGCCUUCAACUACUUCGCUAGCGGCGACGCCAAGGCCGCAGGCAUCCUCUGCGACUGGUUCAUAAGAAUCUACAGGCAUCCUAUGCUCGCCAAGUACCCUUGCUUCGCCACCCUCGUUGACCAUGUCCUCUUCCUGCGCUCAGACCUUGUUAGGUCCUACGUAGACUGGCAACUCGUCAGGAACAAGGCAGCGGAGAUGGCCGAGGAGAUGGUCUGCAAGACACCCGAGCUCAAGAGCAGGCUGCAUUACCCGCGCGACCGGAACAGCCUGUACAACGUAGUGUCCAUUGGGUCCAGCUUUCGUCGAAGGCGUCAAGUGAAGAACUUAGGCCGGAAACAAUCAACCUAUCUUGCCCAGUUAUAUCUUCAGAUGAAGAAGAGGCUGCCUUCUUCAGGUCAGGCGGAAAGCCAUGGUUAUUCAGCAGGAUCAGCAAGGAAGGAAGCGGAGACGCUGAUAGCACUAUACGGUAUGUGCAGCUAGUUUUCCACCUGUGUCUUCCCUCAGUUUGUUUGCUUUCGAGUUCACAUGUUGAUGAUGUGCUAAUCAAGAGUAUAUUUCUAUCUUGUUUUGCUGCUCUUGUCUGUACAUUUCUUUUGCUGAUCGAUGUUAUGAUUUGGCAACGUAAAACGCCCAUGUAUGUAAUUAUUUCAUUGGAUCUUUCAUUUAUGCAAGCUUGCAUAGCUAGAACAGCCCCAAUUUUGUUAUGAAGUUCCAUUGUUUGGCAAUUCCACUUGAAUUUGGUGUACGUGUGAUGACUGGAAAACUCAGGUGAUCUUAAGCUCGAAACACCCAUAUGCAUGCUUGCAAGCUAGCAUAACUAGAACAGCCCCAAUUGUGAGCCUUAGAAAGUUUCAUUACUUUACAAAACCACUUGAAUUUUGUCUAUGCAUGAUGACUGGAAAACUCACGUGAUUUUCAGAUAAGGCUUUGCAAGCUGGUAGGCGUCCGGCGCUCAAGCAAGGCCAUCCCUCUGAAUAUUUAUCCAAAGAAGUUUUUCCAUUCGAGGCUAUGCUAGCUGCUGAAGACAUGUCUGACCCCUGGAGUAGCUGAUAUUGUUGAUCAUCCCUCCCUCGCUCACUCUUUGCAAGUUACUUCUUGAGGUGGCAAUAGUGAUCUGUUUGAGUAUCAUGAAUCUACUAGUUCUCUAAAUGCCUAUUUGAAUCCACAUGUCAUUGUGCCAGGCAUCACGAAUAGUUUAGCCUAUUUGAAUAUUAAUCGAUUUUCUUGAUGUGAUGAUCUAUUUUAACUUCACAAGAGUUUUGGAACCUCUGAAAGCACAGUAGAUAAGAAACUUAGUUUGCUGCAGCUUAAUUUAGAUUACAGCAUGAUAUAUGCAUUAAGUUUUUUCUAGGGGGUGUAUGCACUUUAGUAGUUGAGAACGUGCGAGUAGCGCGGUGGUAUGACCUCUAGUUCCGGGCCUACCGGCCAGGGUGUGGUGGCCUCUAACUAAGUGAUGGCAUAGGCAUUGCUUUUGGUGUUCCUCAGCUGAAAAGACAUUUAAUUACCCUGCAUCAAUGUUAUGUUAUUAUAUGGAAUCUAUGUGCUUUGCAAGCAUUUCUGGGGAACAAUCUUGUAAUAUUAUCGGACUAUCUGUUUUCCGGUGUCUACUUAAACCGAACCAUUUCGUAUUA